AACGAAGAAAUUCCUCGGCGUUCGAUUCGCGAAGUACGGUGGGGCGUCUUGAUCCAAAUUUAGUCAAACCGUGGCAAUUGAUCCGAAUGCAUCGAGAGAGACUGCGCGAUUUAUCCGAGUUCGUAAUAUUUGCAACAGUGAAUUGUACGAAAUAACUUCGUAAGCCAAGGCACCUUCUACACGUUUUCUCAUCGAUACGUUUACGGGUUAAUUUAUGAAAACAAAACUAGGAAACGUUCUUUCGCCACAGAUACCUUCUAUUAAAAAAUAUCUCGAGUCGUGUGUGUCGGAGUUGAGCACCGGUUAGAAAGGUAAAGGAAGGUCUACUAGGACGGAAACGUAAAAAGUGGAAACAUCGAUAAAUAAACCGAAAUAAUUGAUAAUUUUGUAAAAAUAAUCAAACUGUAGAACCAGCGUGCACGCUCGCGUGCUAUUAUCACCGACACAACUCUAAAGAUUGAAAAUAUGAACGUAGCCGAGCCUUGGUCUUUACCACCGAAACAGGCUCUUUACGACCCAAUUCUCGAGAAGGAUGCUUGCGGCGUUGGAUUUAUCGUCUCCAUAGAUGGAAAGAAAUCGCACAAGAUUGUUCGCGAUGCGGAGAAUCUAUCGGCACGCAUGAACCAUCGCGGUGCUUGUGCCUGUGACAACGACACCGGUGACGGCGCCGGUGUACUUUGCGCUAUUCCGCACGAGUAUUACGCCGAAGAAAUUCGCGAGGGAAAAAAUAUCGAAUUGCCGAAAUUUGGCCGUUACGCUACCGGUAUUCUGUUUCUCGAUAAAAAUACCCACGAAGAAGCUGAGGCUGCGUUUGAAAGAUUAGCCGAGGAAUGCAACUUGAAGGUAAUUUGUUGGCGGGAUGUUCCCACCGACAACUCACGGAUUGGCCAAGUGGCGAGAAAAUGCGAACCUUACAUGCGUCAAGUCUUUGUAACAGGUGAUCAGGAUGACGUCAGUCUCGAACGGCAGGUUUUCGUCUUGAGGAAACGAUCGUCCCAUUGUAUACCACGACCAGGAUUCAGAUACUACAUAUGCUCGCUCUCCGUACGGACGAUCGUUUACAAAGGCCAAUUAACGGCAGACCAGCUGUGGCUUUAUUUUUUAGAUUUAAAGUCACCAAAAUUCGAGACAUACUUGGCGUUAGUUCAUACAAGAUUCUCCACGAAUACAUUUCCAAGUUGGGAAAGGGCACACCCUCUUCGGUUGUUGGCGCACAAUGGCGAAAUCAACACUUUACGAGGAAACGUGAACUUCAUGAAAGCUCGCGAGGGAGUGAUGAGCUGCAAAAUUUUCGGAGACCAAUUAAAAGAUCUCUAUCCCGUAGUUGAACCGAAUCUGUCGGAUUCAGGAGCUGCCGAUUGCGUCCUGGAAUUCUUGGUGAUGGCGGGACAACGAUCUUUACCAGAGGCGGUGAUGACGAUGGUACCGGAAGCUUGGCAAAACGAUUUAACGAUGGCAACGGAAAAGCGCCACUUUUAUCAUUGGGCCGCUUGCGCGAUGGAACCUUGGGAUGGCCCUGCAUUGUUAACUUUUACAGAUGGACGUUACGUUGGAGCUAUUCUCGACAGAAACGGCCUGCGCCCGUCGCGCUUCUACGUCACUAAGGAUAACAUGAUGGUGAUGGCGUCCGAAGUGGGCGUCUAUGAUACUCCACCCAGCAAUGUAGCCCUGAAGAGCCGUUUGAAACCAGGAAGAAUGCUGCUUGUCGAUACUCACGAACAGAGGAUCAUUCAAGACGUUGAACUGAAGAUGGAGAUUGCUAGAAGCAGACCACACUCGCAGUGGCUGAAAGAUCAGAUCACGAUGGAAGAGUUGCGAGCUGCCGACACUGGUCGCGCAGAGACGCCAUCCGAAAACGGCUCGACGAUAAACGAAGACACGAUCAGAAGAAACGCAGCAAACGACACGAAUCCCAUAUCUGCUGUGAAUCGAGUUUGGGGAGGCGAUAAGAGACUAUCCCUCUAUGGAUACACGCUAGAAACCAUUAAUAUGUUGCUUUUACCAAUGAUGCAGUCCAAGAAAGAAGCGCUGGGCUCCAUGGGCAACGACGCACCGCUUGCUUGCCUAUCUCAGUUUCAGCCACUCAUCUACGAGUAUUUUAAACAAUUGUUUGCCCAGGUUACGAAUCCUCCGAUAGAUCCGUUCAGAGAGAAGAUCGUAAUGUCGAUGCUUUGCCCGAUCGGUCCCGAGAGUAACAUCUUGGAGCCUAGCGCUUUGCAAGUGCAUAGACUAUUUUUACCGCAACCGAUACUGUCCUUGGAAGACCUGGAGAUAAUUCGUCGAACGAAAUUUCGCGGAUGGAAGGCCAAAACGAUCGAUACGACGUACCCCGUGGAAGAAGGACCACCUGGAUUGUUGCGUACGUUAGACCGUGUUAACAGCGAGGCGGAUAAGGCAGCGAGAGAGGGUUACCAGUUCAUUAUCCUUUCCGAUCGACAGGGUGGUCCGGAAAGAGUACCUGUGAGCAGUUUGCUAACGUUGGGCGCUGUGCAUCACCAUCUGAUCGAAGAACGGCAGCGUAUGAAGGUUGGUCUUAUCGUCGAAACCGCCGAAGCCAGGGAAGUACAUCACAUUUGUUUGCUGCUCGGUUACGGAGCAGAUGCCAUUUGUCCAUAUUUGGUAUUUGAGAUGGCAAGAAAUCUUCGAGCAGACGGUGUGCUAGAUUCCUCCUUAACAGAUAACUCUUUGUGUGCGAAUUAUGCGGAAGCAAUGGAGAGAGGUAUAGGGAAGGUAAUGGCAAAAAUGGGAAUUUCCACGUUGCAAUCGUACAAGGGAGCUCAAAUAUUCGAAGCUGUGGGUUUGUCUGAUGAGGUCGUUGAGAAAUGUUUCAAGGGUACUCAGUCUCGUAUAGGUGGAGUCACCUUCGACAUUUUGGCUAAAGAAGCUUUCGAAAGGCAUCAGAUAACGUAUUGGAACAAACCUAUGGAUAUGCUCGUCAUUCGCAAUCCAGGUACUUAUCACUGGCGUUCCGGGGGAGAGAAACAUAUAAACGAUCCCGACAGCAUCGCAAAUCUGCAGGACUAUGUCAAUUCAAAGAACAUGAGCGCUUACGACAAGUACCGAAAAACAACGAUGGAAAUGGUAAGGGCUUGCACGUUACGAGGUCAACUGGAAUUCGUAGACAAGACCGAGAAUUCUAUACCCAUCGAAGAAGUUGAACCAGCAUCUGAGAUUGUAAAGCGAUUCGCAACUGGAGCCAUGAGUUUUGGAAGUAUCUCGAUAGAAGCGCACACGACACUAGCGAUCGCGAUGAAUCGUAUCGGAGGUAAAUCGAACACCGGCGAAGGUGGUGAAAAUUCUUACAGAUACAUCGACCAGGAUCCAGAAUUUAAUAAACGAUCAGCCAUUAAGCAAGUUGCCAGUGGUCGUUUCGGCGUAACCUCGAGUUACUUAGCAAACGCUGACGACCUUCAAAUUAAAAUGGCACAAGGAGCCAAGCCAGGAGAAGGUGGCGAGUUACCUGGUUACAAGGUCACAGCUGAAAUUGCUGCAACCAGAUGCUCGGUAGCUGGCGUGGGACUAAUUUCGCCACCUCCUCAUCACGACAUCUACUCGAUCGAGGACCUCGCAGAAUUGAUUUACGAUUUGAAAUGCGCUAAUCCUUUGGCUCGUAUUUCUGUGAAAUUGGUAUCCGAAGUAGGAGUAGGCGUAGUCGCGUCAGGUGUGGCAAAGGGAAAAGCAGAACACAUCGUAAUAUCCGGUCACGAUGGCGGAACUGGAGCCAGUAGUUGGACAGGAAUUAAAUCCGCGGGUUUACCCUGGGAACUGGGAAUCGCGGAGACUCAUCAAGUUUUGACGUUGAAUAAUCUUCGGUCACGGGUAGUCGUUCAAGCUGACGGACAGUUGCGCACGGGAUUCGAUAUCGUAGUAGCAGCCCUCUUAGGCGCCGAUGAAUUUGGUUUCAGUACAGCGCCAUUGAUUUCUAUGGGUUGUACCAUGAUGAGAAAGUGUCAUUUAAACACCUGCCCCGUGGGUAUCGCUACCCAAGAUCCCGCGCUCCGAAAGAAAUUCGAAGGGAAGCCGGAACACGUUAUCAACUUUUUCUUUGCGUUAGCAGAAGAGGUACGUUCGUACAUGGCCAGUCUGGGUAUUCGUAAGUUUCAAGAUCUAAUUGGCCGCGCGGAUCUCUUGAGAGUUCGGAAGGACAUCUCGAUCGAAAAAGCUAAAAUGCUAAAUCUCGAUAAUAUUUUGCGCAGCGCGCUCGAACUUCGGCCAGGAGUCAAUAUUAAAGGCGGAUCGAUAAAGCAAGACUUUCAAUUGGAAAACAGACUGGACAAUCGCAUGAUCGAGCAGGCCAAACCAGUGCUCGAUAGGAAGCAGGAUCGCGUCGAGAUGGAAUUCAAUGUCAAUAACGAGGACAGAGCGUUGGGAUCGACUUUGUGCUUUCAUAUUUCAAAAUUGUUCGGCGAAGAGGGACUGCCGGAUGGUAGUAUAAAUAUGAAGAUGAAGGGUUCAGCGGGUCAGAGUUUUUGUGCUUUCAUGACCAAAGGUGUGCACGUUACUCUCGAAGGUGAUGCCAACGAUUACGUAGGGAAAGGAUUAUGCGGUGGAGAAAUCGUUAUAUACCCACCGAAAGAUUCGACCUUUGAUUCCGAAAAGAAUGUAAUCGUAGGCAAUGCUUGCCUUUACGGCGCAACUUCUGGAAAAGCGUACUUCCGAGGAAUCGCUGCCGAAAGGUGCGGUGUUCGUAACAGUGGAGCGGUAUUUGUGGUCGAGGGUGUAGGAGAUCAUGGUUGCGAAUAUAUGACGGGCGGCUGUGCGCUAAUUUUGGGGCUUACCGGUCGUAAUUUCGCUGCUGGAAUGUCCGGUGGAAUAGCUUAUGUCUACGAUGACGGGUCGUUCAAGAGCAAGUGCAAUCCUGAAAUGGUAGAACUGCUUCCUCUAAAUAAACCGGACGAUAUAGCUUACGUGAAAUGUCUGUUGGAAGAAUUUGUCGAGAAGACUGGUUCUCUAAUUGCAUUGGAUCUACUGUCGCUUUGGCCUGAAUCAACGACGAGAUUUGUGAAGGUAUUCCCAUACGAAUAUCAACGAGCAUUGAAACAAGUCGAGGAAGCCAAGCAAGCACAACCAGUCGUAAACGGAAACUCCCAGACGUUGUCAAAUCAAGUCAAGGACAUCGAAGAUGCUAUUGCGGACGCUGAUAUGGAACAACGGAAAUUGGACAAGAUAAGGGGAUUUAUGAAAUACAAGAGGCAAACAAGUGUUUAUCGACCGACCGAAAACCGUGUUAACGACUGGGAUGAAAUAUAUAAUUUUAAAGGAGUCCGCAAAGGACUGCGCGUACAAGCAGCGAGGUGUAUGGAAUGCGGAGUGCCGUUCUGUCAGAGUAGUCAUGGCUGCCCGCUAGGAAACAUUAUUCCUAAGUGGAACGAUCUCGUCUUUCAAUCGAAUUGGAAGGAGGCGCUGAAUCAGUUGCUACAAACCAAUAAUUUCCCAGAAUUCACAGGGAGAGUUUGUCCGGCUCCAUGCGAAGGCGCUUGCGUUUUGGGGAUUUCGGAACCAGCAGUUACCAUAAAGAACAUCGAAUGCGCGAUCAUCGAUCAUGCCUUCGAACAAGGUUGGAUAGUGCCGCAUCCACCUGCGUUGAGAACCGGUCGACGAGUCGCUGUCGUCGGUUCCGGACCUGCAGGAUUGGCGGCUGCCCAUCAACUAAACAAGGCUGGACAUCUGGUGACUGUUUACGAGAGGAACGACCGAAUAGGAGGCCUUCUUCAGUAUGGAAUACCAACAAUGAAGCUGUCGAAGCAAGUUGUACAGCGAAGAGUUUCCCUUCUUGCCGCAGAAGGAAUCACUUUCAAAACUGGCGUUAACGUUGGAAAGGAUAUAUCUGCUAAGGAAUUACGUGAACAAUACGACGCAAUGUUGCUUUGUACUGGCGCAACCUGGCCAAGGGACUUACCGAUACCAGGUCGACAACUCGAAGGUAUUCAUUUCGCUGUAAGCUUUUUGGAGCACUGGCAAAAGAAGCAAAUGGGAAACGAUACCCCUCUGGAUAUGCGACUGAUGGCCAAAGACAAGGAUGUCAUUAUAAUAGGCGGCGGUGAUACCGGUUGCGACUGCAUAGCCACGUCUUUGCGACAGGGCGCCAAAACCAUCACAACUUUCGAAAUUUUACCAGAACCACCGAACAAGAGGGGAAAGGAUAAUCCCUGGCCUCAAUUUCCACGAGUGUUCAAGGUGGACUAUGGUCACGAAGAAGUUUCUCUCAAGUUCGGACGGGAUCCGCGUCAAUUCAGUACGUUGAGCAAAGAAUUCCUCGAUGAUGGAAACGGACACGUGAGUGGUAUUAAGACGGUGACAGUUUCGUGGACAAUGGAAAAUGGUCGUUGGAAAAUGGAGGAGGUUGCUGGAUCAGAAAAGGUGUAUAAAUGUGACUUAGUUUUACUCGCAAUGGGCUUCUUGGGUCCUGAGAAAUACGUAGCGACAGAACUAGAUACGGCACUGGAUGAGAGGGGUAACUUCAAAACAGCAAUUGGCAAAUUUGAAACAAGUUUGUCUGGCACGUACGCGGCUGGUGAUUGUCGGCGUGGACAGUCUUUAGUCGUUUGGGCGAUCACGGAGGGUAGGCAAGCUGCGAGAGAAAUAGACGUGGCUUUAAUGGGAACGACUGGUCUUCCCGUAUCCGGUGGUGUUAUAACCACCGUCGUCGCUUGAAUUGACCAACGUUGAGAACGAAGAGGACGGAUCAAACGAUUUUCGUUUUCCCUCUGUUUCAUUCCCUUAUACCCUCCAGUGAUGAUCCUGCGAUUGCGAUGCGGGCGGGUACCGUUGAACGAACAAGGGAGAAGCGGUUCACGCGGGAACAAGUCAACCAGUAUUAUCGCACGUUAACAGAUGUGCGAAGGCGAAUCGAAAAGAAAAGUAUCGUUCGUCACCGUGAUGAUAAUUACAGCGCGCACGAGAUUAACUAGCAUUUUCGGUGCGAGAUGUAAUCGUUCUUGCGUUGUUCAUUCGAUUUUGAAAAAAUUGGCGACGGUAUUCGACUUCAUGUUCGCCGCGUAACCAUGGAUAACUAACUUUGUAAGCUCUCGAGGAAAUACUCGUAGAUGUAUCGCGGAAUCUACCUCGUAUCCUCCUUUGCGUUCCUCGUUUCUUUCUGGAGGUAAUAGAAAUUAUUACGCAAUUGAUAACAGCCUUUUCAUCGAGCAAUGCGAUUGCACGGGGAAUCAUUCGUUGGAAGAUUUUAUGGCUCGAAAAUGUGUGAAUCGCAAAUGCUCCAAAUGGUAUUUCAAGGUUGACGCUAUUGUAGAAGGGGCACGUACGUUUGCCUAGCGUUAGCAUUCGGUCUUGUGUUAAUCUCGUGAUUUUUUUUGUAACUUUUUUUAGUAUUAGUACGUCGUUAAUGUAUCGCAAUGCGAACAUUACGUACGCGCGCACGUACGACUUCAAACAUUUUUUCGUAGUGUAUUUAUUUAUCAAAUACGCAAUGAUGCGCGUUACACUGAUCUUUCUCAACUGUAUACAAAUUUUUUCGUAUUUUUUCUCGAACCUUUUGCGAACUUGCGAAACUAAGGUAAUCUCGAAGUUCCAGUUCUUUAAUUUUGCAAGUCCGCAGAAGAUUCUCGGUAGGAGCGAAGAAUCCGAGUAGGGAUAGAAGUUCCCCAUUUUCAUCUGAGAAAAAGCCUAAGGAUUUUUAAAAGUAAAAAAAAAAUUGAGGUUUUAUUCUGUUUGUUGCGCAUAUCAUUGUAAAUUCUACGCAAUGAAAAGAAAUACUUUGAGACAAUAAAUGAAUACCGUAUACUGAA